AUGAACGGCGAAAGCUAUUCCCGAGACGGUGGCCGCUCGAGUGGUUCGAGAGCAUAUUCUUCCCGAGACGAGACGCGCGAUCGCAGCGACCGUGACCGACAUCGCCGCCGCCGCUCGCGAUCACCCCGCCACGGUGGUGGAGGAGGCGGUGGAUCGCGUCGCGACUACGAGGUUGACACGUACUCGUCCAGCCGUGAUUACCGUGAGCGUGAGCGCGAAGACACAUAUGCCCGUCGUGAGAGGCGCGAUGACCGCGGUGCAGAGCGCGGAGGUGGCGAGCGCGGUGGCCGGGACUGGGGUGACUCGUACUCGAGGCGCGACCGCCCUCGUGGGGGGGACCGUGACCGCGACGACGAUCGUCCUCCCCGCCGGGGUGACAGAGGCGACCGCGGUGAGCGGGGUGGUGACAGGUUUGAAGGCGGUGGCCGUGGCGGAGGUCGCGGUGGACGAGACGGGGGCUUUGGCGGCGGCCGUGAUGGAGGCUUUGGCGGUGGACGUGACAGGGGCAGGCAGCAAAAAGAAGAAUCGCCGCCCUUCAACAAGCCGCGCGAGGCCACACCAGACCUUAGCAACUUCGUCAGCAUCCUGGAGCGCCCUCGUCGUAUGACACAGUGGGACAUCAAGCCCGCUGGCUACGAGAACAUUACCGCUGAGCAGGCCAAGCUGUCCGGUAUGUUCCCGCUGCCGGGAGCUCCUCGCGCUGCACCCAUGGACCCAUCCAAGCUGGCAGCUUUCAUGACUCCCUCGGCUGGAUCGGCUUCUUCUGCUGCGCUUGCGCCAUCCGCGGCGAAACAGUCGAAGCGUCUCUACGUUCACAACCUGCCUUCUGGUGUCAGCUCCGAGGAGCUCAUGGAGUUCUUCAACCUGCAGCUUAAUGGUCUCAACGUUGUGUCUGGCCAAGACCCUUGUCUGUCCGCCCAGAUCGCGACUAGCAAGGAAUACGCAGCCCUCGAGUUCAAGACACCAGAGGAUGCUACCGUGGCCCUUGCCAUGAACGGAAUCUCUAUGCGCGAAGAGAGUGGUGGACCCGACCGGUCAGGCUUGUCGAUUCGUAGGCCCAAGGACUACAUCACCCCAACUGCAGACGAUAAUGCCUACACAGGUGACGAGGUGUCGAGCGUUGUCAAGGACAGUCCAAACAAGCUCAGCAUUGUCAACAUCCCCACCUACAUUGAGGAGGAACAAGUACGCGAACUCGUUGGAACUAUGGGCAAGCUCAAGGCCUUUGUCCUAGUCAAGGACGAAAGCACCGAUCAGCACCGCGGUAUCGCUUUCUGCGAGUAUGCUGACAACGAGAUCGUCGAUGCUGUCAUUGAAGGCCUCAACGAUAUCCCUCUCGGUGAUGGCAACCUGAAGGUAACCCGCGCGACAGUCGGUCUACAACAGACUGCUGGUCUCGACGGCGGUGUCGGUGCCAUCUCCAUGCUUGCAGGAGCCAGCGCAGCUGAGAAUCGCGAGCACAGCCGUGUCAUUUGCCUCAUGAACAUGGUCACCUCUGAGGAAUUGAUCAACGAUGAAGAAUAUGAAGAGAUCAAGGAAGACAUCGAAGAAGAAUGCGGCAAAUUCGGAACCAUCCUCGAGACAAAGAUCCCCCGCCCAGCAGGAGCACGCGUCAACCUCGGUGUCGGCAAAAUCUACAUCAAGUACCAGGACACAGAGUCGGCGCAAAAGGCCAUCAAGGCGCUUGCAGGCCGCCAGUUCUCGAGGAGGACAGUGGUUGUGACGGAGUUCUCCGAGGAAGGAUUUGAUGUCGAUGCCUGGUAG